AUGUCUUUUGAUUCCGAAGAAGUGGAUGUGAAACGAAUUGGUUUUACGGCACAUGGACCUCCGGAGAAUAAAGAUUUUACAUCCUUAAAGGUAGUUCCGUCAAAACAAGGGACUUCAGAACAAAGUAACGAAAAGAGUUCAAGUCAAAAUCCAGCUAUACUGACUGCCAGCCGGAAACGAAGCCGUCGAAUCUGGACUCUCGUUAGUGGAGAUGGUCAUGAUUUCAAAUGUAAUAUUUGCAAGAAAAUUAUAGCAUGUUGUUCACCUAUGAAUAUAAAUCUGCAUUAUUCAAGCCAGCACCCGGAAAUAUUGGCACCAGAAGAGAUAUCGAAAGAUAAUUAUAAUAGCAGAAUGGAUACUACUAGUUCAUCUGUUUCUAGUGACAAUAGAUCAAACAUUGCAAAAAUAGAUUGGUCUUCUCCACCCGUAAUGAAAGUUUUGGAAAUGAUUGCAUCUAGAGAGUUGACAGAAAAGAUGGGGACAGAAAUGAUAUCUUACAAAACUGGAUGUCAGAUGUCACAAUCAACUGUUAGAAAGCGAGUUCACAGCAUGCUUAAAGAAAAGUACGGAACACUUGUUAUGCCGAAAAAAAGGAACGUUCAAAAUGUAUCAAAUGAAAUAAGCGAUGAAAAAGUUGAGACAAAUGCAUGCGUAGAUAUAAGCAAAAGUCAUGAUGCCGAGAAUUUUAUCAAACGAGAGGGGAAAAAGUGUGGACAACAAGAGUCAUCUAAUAAAACCGAAAAUGCUUCAUCUUUGCCACCUGUCCCACGUCAGGUUCGUUCUUUACGACUCAGUCGAUCCUCAAUAGUUAUUCCGGAAAAAAAUGAUCCAUCCAAAGUGCGUAUCUACCGGUGUAGUGCAUAUGGACGCGGCAAGCAUGGCGCAACGUGUUAUUAUCGUUGUUCCAAGUCUAUCGUUUAUUAUUAUUUGUUAGUGAACGCAUUAGCAGGAGAACGUACGAAGCGUUACUUUGCACACAUCAAAACCAAAGAUGGUCAAAUAAUUGGAAAUGCAUAUCCGGAACAUUUGCCGGAGUGUAAACCACUACCAAAAGAGGUCCAACAACUUCAGGAAAUCGAUAGAGCUUGUCGGGCUAGAAUUCAAGCAGGCAACUUGACACCUGAGGCAGCCAGGAAACUAGGAGCACUGGUUGCACAAAAAAAUCGUGAGCUUAAAACACAGAUUCAAGAUGAUGAUACUUUCCCAGAUAAAUGGAAAUCGCUUCCUAAAAAAUACAGUCGGUUAUGUCAUCAGGCAGAAAGAAUCAGAAGACAGAAAAAUCGAGAACUUCUCAGAUUGAUAAAUAAUGAUGGAAACGGUGAUGGAGCAGAUGAUAACUUGAGUGGGAUCGCCCAUGAAGCAGAAAUAAUGAGUGGACGUUUCAAACAUCCACCGCUAAUUAUUUUUGAACCGGAUGGCCAGGCAGCCAGAAUUUAUCGUAUAAAUGGAAAAUCAGAUAGACUUUCGGUUCUUUAUUAUCGGUGCUCGAAAUGUGAUGUCCUUUGUAGAAGACAUAGAAGACUGGGAAUAGCUGAAGGUAUGAAUCGAGCUACCGUAAAAGUAGAAGGGAACGAAAUUCUUGAGAAUGUAUAUCCAGUACAUCAUGAAGAAUGUGAAGUCUUCACACUAGAUAUGGUGAAAAGUUUGGCGGAAAAUCUUGAACGAUUCUAUUUUGCAAAAGAUUUUGAACACGUUAUACAUGAUUCGGCGAAAACGGAUCUCAGGUUUGGAGAUGGUACUUUAAUUUCUAAAAAUCAGUCGCCUCUUUGUGGUCAUUCUGCAGUUGUUGAUAUUCAAGGUGAUGUAGGUGUCAAUACCAGCAAUGCAACAAAUGUGGGGGAAAUCAAUGUAGGUGAUGCGUGUGAAGAUGAUCAGCAAGGAUUUCCAAAUGUAUGUUGUCAACGCUAUUACGAAGCGAACGUAGCGCUUCAGCGGGAUAUGAUGCGUUGCUUAGAAGAAAUGAAAGCAUUACGAUCAGAAAUGAGAAGCAUGUUGUUAGAAGGUGGUAAACUCCAGUAUGUGGAGUUGGAAGACGAUAAUUACGAAGAAAUUAUUGUUGAUGAAACUAACUGA